AUGACUGGUGAAGGUCAAGUAACAAAUGUAACUGUAUACUCCAGUUGCAGGUCACCCCAGAACUGUCUGCCAGGCUGGCACUUUCAUGGCGGCUCGUGUUACGGUUUUGGCGAGUCCCAAGUGUCGUGGGGAGAUGCGCAGGAACUGUGUUAUGCUUUCAAAGGAAAACUGGCAGAGAUCGAGACUGUGGAAGAAAACAUGUUUCUGAAGAACAUGGCCAAGACUAGACAAGCCCGCUUAACCUGGCUCGGGGCCACGGAUAUUUUUGACGAGGGCACCUGGGAGUGGGCCAGCACCGGGAAGGAAAUCUUUACCUUUGAGGACUGGGCGCCACAGCAGCCUGACGAGGCGAACGGAGGAGAGGAUUGCCUAGAUUUCUUCAAGGACGCUAACUACCAGUGGAACGACAGCCCCUGUGACCAGGCCGCCAACUUCCUGUGUGAGGCUCCGCCUCAAGAUCCCAUCGUUGGCUGA